UGGAGAGCGCGGGGUGUGGCAGGUCUAAUUAUAUUUGUCAUCAAGUCCGGCGCCAAGUUUCGAUCUAUGGAGAGGAACAACACUACAAGCAUUUACGCGCGCGACGCGGUCGGACGUCCUAGAGCGCUCUCUUUGGCGGGAAAUUCGAAUUACGAACUAUGACGUUAUAAAUAAAAGUCGCAGCACAAAUCGCUUCACUUUUAAAUUAAACUCAUUGGCCGAAUAGACGUACUCCUGUGUUAAAAAAAAAAACAAAAUGUUGUUGAGAAAAUUAUUUCGCGCGGUUUUUGUUUUUAGUUUUUUUACUUUGUGUAGAGCAGACAUUGUUAUGGACGAAGAAUGUUUGAAUUAUACAGUGUACCCAGUGAAUUACGAACUGAAUAUCUAUCCUUAUGUGUACGCAGAAAGGUCGUAUUUUGACUGUGACUUAACAAUUACCAUAAUAGCAAAUGCGCCAAAUGUGAUUGUGAUUGAUUUGGACGCCAGAGAUUUGGAAAUCGAAGGCGGGUCCAUAAAGGUUUUGGAUGGAAAUCGUGAUAUUGUAAAUGGCGCCCGGCCUUUUGAGUUCGACAACUUUACAAGUAAACUGCAUAUUUAUUUGAAGGAGCCAUUGAAAGUGUACAGUGGCAGUAACAAACAGUUUUAUCAUGUAAAAAUCAUGUACAGGAAAUAUGUGAAAACGGACAAUACUGGUGUGUUCCUUGUCAAGUAUUACGAUGAGCAGAAUAAAGGCUUUAAAUACCUAUUCGCAACUCGGCUGUCACCGAACAAAGCCAAGUACUUCCUACCGUGUUUCGACAACCCGAGGUUCGAAGCAGUGUUCAAGUUCAAAGUGUACAUCUUGAAGCGGCUCAGUGACCUUCAGUAUACCAACACCAGCCUUGUGAUAGCUGAGGAGCAGAGAAGAGACAAUUUCAAAACCGAAUACGUAGUCGUCGAAUAUGUGCCUUCUCCACAAGUGGGCUUGCAUCAAGUCGGGUUCCACUACUCCCGAUUUGCAAGUCUAUCUGGGAAAGCUGAAAACACCAAUGAUACCUUCACAGUAUGGGCUCCGAUCGACGAACUACGAGAUUUUAAUUUCAUACAUAACUAUGGACUGAAGAUUAUCAAUCUGAUUCAUGAAUACGCACAGUCUGAUAGACGAUUACUUCAAGGAUCUAUUAAUGUUGUAGCCGUUCCCAGUGUUAUAAAUGGAUAUGAAAUUGGAAGUUUUAAUUUAUUGACUAUUGGGGCCCAUAAGAUAGUAUCCAUCGAUCAGUUUACCAGCAUCAAACAGACUGAAGCUAUGAUGUUCGAUCUGGCUCAACAGCUCAGCAGGAUAUGGCUCGGGAACCCCGCUGAAUCGGAACGGACGAGAUGGAAGGAAGAAUGGUUCAAAGAAGGCAUGGCUACUUACUUGGCUUAUUACUUCUUGACGCAGUACAACCAUGGACUACCCACUGAACACAAUCGCCCCAUAUCCUCAUAUGGUCUUCAGAUGAAACACAAAGCGAUGGCCAUCGACUGGCAUCGAAGCACACCAGCGUUGGACACGUUUAACACGUCAUUAGCUAUAGAGAUACCAUCAAGGUACAGAGAGCUGGUGAUGAUGAAGACAGGGGCUAUAUUGUGGAUGUUGGAAAACUGGGUGCAGUCUUCAAAGUUUCAUCAGGCUUUGGUGAAUUAUAUUAAAUCUAGAAGGGGCAAAUACAUUUCCUUGGAAGACUUCACAACGAACUUAGACCGCAAAACGAUUGAAUGCCUUCAUCAGUUUUUCAACGGUUCCACAGCAUCCCGUAUCUUGGGAUCCUGGUUCAGACGCCGCGGUUACCCGGUCAUCAAUGUUCAAGUCUUGAGGGAUAGGACGCCUAAUGCUGUGCUAUUAAAACAGAGACAAUUCAGUUUCACCCACGAGAACCGCGACGACUCGGACUACCUGAUCCCCAUCUCUUACGUCAUCCAGCAUCACCAGAACUGCUACAACUGCUAUCGUCCGAGGUUCACCAUCGGAGCCCAAACCUACACCUUCAGCGAAAACUUGAAUGAUGGAUGGAUUCUACUUAAUAGAAAUGCAUCUGGUUACUAUCGGGUCAACUAUGAUGCAGAUACUUGGAGGAUAAUAGCUAAGACGCUGAAGGAAAAUAUAGGGUCCAUUCAUGAGAUGAACAGAGCCCAAAUCGUGAACGAUGUGUUCGCUUUAUACGUGGCGGGAGAUCUAGACUUCCAGCUCGCGACGGAAAUUCUAGACUACUUGGACCUAGAACGAAGUCCCGUUGUAUGGGACUCCGUGAUAUCCGGCUUCGAUUUACUGACCAUCGAAGGUGCGGGCUGUGGGAUGACCAAACAUGUGUAUUGGGAAUGGGAGAAUUUCAUGAUGAAGAAGGUGUCGACGAUCUUCCAGCAGCUGGUGCAGAGUAAGGACUCGCAGGUGCUGACGCGGCUGUUCCGCAGCGCGGUGGUGCAGCUGUCGUGCGCGCUCGGCGGGGACGCGUGCGCCGCGCACGUGCGCCGUCUGCACGUCGAGCACCGCCGCGGGAGGCAUGCCUUGUUCCCGGACUGUCGGUUGGCGUACUACUUCGUGUUGGCUAACGAGACCUUCAGCAGCACGUAUUCAAGGAAACUGAACGCUAUCGAACAAGAUGACAAGACUAUCGCUGAUCGGAAAAUCCGGGACAAAAACAGAUUCAUGGCUAAGAUACCUAUUGGGGAACCGAGACCGAUGCCCAUCGUGAUGUCAACUACUACAAUUAAGCCAUCUGAAGCAGUUCCAGAAAAGCUUGUACCAGGCAGUGCCUCUGCAACCGUGUAUUCCGUAUCAGUGCUAUUUAUUAUAAUAUUAAUUAAUACCUUUAUAAGAUAAAUUAAAAAAAAAACAUUUUAGAAGUAAGUUUUUGUA